AGGCAAAUGGCCCAAACAAAGCUGGUGGUCUGCCCAAACCUAUUCGGUCUGUGCCGGUGGCUCAGCAGGUUGCUCCAAUGCCAUCCUCCCCAACACCAAUGGAGACUUCAGAGAGUGAGCCAGUUGAGCUGUGUCAAGCUUUUUCCGAUGUCCUGCUCAAUACUGCCAUCAGAGACGUGGAUGCAGAUGAUUAUGACAAUACUAUGCUCUGCAGUGAAUAUGUGAAGGAUAUCUACAAGUACAUGCGCCAGCUGGAGGAAGAGCAGAGCGUUCGACCAGAUUAUCUGAAAGGUCAGGAGGUGACUGGGACCAUGCGCGCCAUUCUCAUUGACUGGCUGGUGCAAGUAAGCAUGAAGUUCCGUCUGCUGCAGGAGACCAUGUACAUGGCUGUGGGACUCAUUGAUCGCUUCCUUCAGGAACACCCAGUCUCAAAGAAGCACCUGCAGCUGGUCGGUGUGACAGCCAUGUUCCUUGCGUCGAAAUAUGAAGAGAUUUAUCCCCCAGAGAUCGGUGACUUUGCUCAUGUGACUGAUUCGGCGUACACAACCGCUCAGAUCAGGGAGACUGAGAUGACCUUCCUCCGGGUCUUGCGGUUCCAGCUGGGCCGUCCCCUCCCUCUUCAGUUCCUCAGAAGGGCCUCAAAGAUCUGCGAGGUCACUGCCGAGCAGCACACCCUGGCCAAAUACCUGCUGGAGCUCACCAUGGUUGACUACGACAUGGUGCACUUCCCACCUUCUAUGGUGGCCAGUGCUGCACUUGCCCUGACUCUGAAGAUCACGGAUGCAGGGGAGUGGGAUGCCACUCUGACUCACUACAUGGGCUACACAGCAGAGAGCUUGACUCCAGUCAUGGCACACAUUGCUAAGAAUGUUGUGAAGGUGAACAAGGGACUAACUAAGCACAUGGCUGUCAAAGCAAAAUACUCUUCUUCCAGGCAGUUGAGGAUCGCCACCAUCUCACAGCUGAACUCAGUAGUGGUGUUUGACAUGGCAAAGCAGAUCAGCCAAUGAACUGUUUUAAUGUCCCUUUUAGUGAACUUUUUACCACUGACGAUUAUGCAAGCACUUUAAACCAUUUUUAAAUUGUACCUUUUUUGC